UCCAUUGACAAUACACAUAUAUUUCAAGAGAGGCGUGUCUAUUCAUCUUGGUUUUGCAUUUCAUUGCUGAUCUUACUUCUGGCCUCUUGUCCUGCAAGACUUCACAAUGGGAAACAAGGUUUCCGCGGUCAACGGUGUUCGAUCACCAAACUUCUUCCAACCAGGAAACGCAGUGAACGAAAUUUGGCUUGGCAAGCUUGAAAUCAUUUCGCGUCUCCCCUUUGGGGAUUCAGACAUGGCACAGGCAGGCUGGCCCAGAGGAGACUUUCCAAAGAUCCCUUGGCGGCCAUUCAUCAUCCCUCUACGAGCAGCGGCUGACAAGACAGCACGAUCUAUAACUAUCCCGGCUUCUGAGACUUCACGCAAGUGCCUGUGGCCAGCCUUUGUGGAGAUAAUGUCAAAAGUGAACUGGGAGCGUAUCUUUUGGAUCGUGGAGCGGGCCAUUGCAAUCCCGGCUGUACUUUUUGUGAUCUUCCUCCAUUUUGGGCCAAGCAAGUACACUCAGUUUGCGGUAAUCCGGCCAUGCCUCGAGGACGACGAAGAUGAGAAGAUUGCCUUCCAGUCACGAUUUAAGCGACAAGCAGUCUGUCUUCGCGCAUGGGUUGCAAGCUCCGUUAUGGCUCAGGUCCAUCUACUACUGCUCGUUGAGCCAAUUGUCAAAAUUUCUGAACGCACAAACUCUGCUAGUACUCUUCGGUUUUUUCCCAUUGGAUUUGAAGGAUGGUUUUAUUUUAUUUUAACUCUGCUGGGCAGCUACAGUCAUCUUCGACUUCUGUGGGCUUAUGUCCGACUGUAACGCCUCGUCGUCAAACAGAUGUCAAUAACCUGUGUCAGUGGCGACGGCUCAGUGUAACACACAAAUACGGUAUUGAGGUUGGCCUGCUGAUGUUAAUGAUACGACUGACACUGAAGCGGGGGAUUUUGCUCUUUUGUUUUUUGCUCUAGCCUUCGUACUGCCCGAGCUGAUAUCUUUCUUUGAGACGCGUUACGAUUCCAGGGUAAUGAACAGUGGGAGUAAGGCUUCGUUGAGAAUCGUUUGUUUUUCGUCGAUCCACGCUGGUAAUAGGAAACAAUCCGUGACGGUGGUUGGAUUGUAAGACUCCGGCCCACGUGCACUGAGCUGUUAAAAACUCGGAUACAAGCAGAAAUGCCCAGCCUAUUUUAUUUGGUUGAUCUAACAUUUCGGUGACGUCCACUUUUGAAGUGCGACUGGCUAUAGAGGAAUGACCCAAACUGCGGGGUCAUAAGGCUGGGAGUCGCAUAGACUUGAGCAUGAAAUUCCAAGAACUGAAUACACCGGCAGCGCCGCAAUGCGAGAUUUUAUCUUAAUGCAUUCUUAGUUAUCAUGCUGUUGCUCCUUUUCUCCAGAGGUCGCGCCAAAACUGUUUGAACCCGUAGCCCUUAGAU